AUGGAGUACUCCCAGCCUCAUGGCGGUGAAGCCGGCGCUGCCGCAGCCGCCGCAGCUGCAGCUGCAGCAACAAUGGACAUGGAUAACAACGGUAGCAACAACGGCAACAACAGCAAUAACAAUAACGAUCAUGUUGUAGGUACAGGUGGAGAUGUGGCAGGGGCAGGUGGAGAUGUAUCGCUCGAUGCGAUGGCUGCUAUGCAUGGCGAUGCGACGGCCAUGGGGCUGGACAUGUCCUCGCUCGACGGACUACACGGCGACGGCGGGGAUGUAGGCGGGGAUGCAGACCUGUUUGGCGGACUUGAUACCCAUUUGGAUGCGGCUGCGUUGGACGGGAUAGAUUGGGGAGACGGGAUGGACCUGGUAUAG